UAAUGAGUCAGGCUCAGCUGGGCGGAUUCAAGACUGCCCCUGCUCUCUCUGCUGCUAGGCUUUGAAAAGUGGCUUUCUGAGCACGUUGUUGUUGGUUGUGGUUAAAGCGAGUUAUUGCGUGCAGAGGGUUGAGCACUGACCUCAAGUGGAAAUAGGGGUGCAGAGGUAAACUCUAACUUCGCACUUGGGACACAAUGCCAAGCUAUUCUCAAGACUAGGUUCUAGGAUGGACCCUGGCUUGGGGAGGGAGUUCAAUAAUCGGAAGGUGUGGACUUCCUGGACUGUGCUUCCUGUGGCACUGGACAGUGGACUCUGACCUAGGAGAGUAAACCCCUCCACCUCCCUGUCUUGUCACCUACUGCCCGUAGCAAGACCGCCAUGCUGUCCCCUGGGGCUGUGUUGUUCUUCACCCUGCUCUUGACGGCCAGUUUGCUGGGUCAAAGAACUCGGAAGCCUUAUGGGUCUGUGUCCCCCAUCAGCACCAUCCAGGCCCAGGCCAGUUUCAAUGCUCAGCAGUUUGCAGGGACAUGGCUUCUUGUGGCUGUGGGCUCUGCAUGCCGCUUUCUUCGGGAACAGGGACACCGGGCUGAGGCCACCGCAUUGCAUGCAGCUCCCCAGGGUGCAGCUAUCACUGUCAGCACCUUCCGAAAGCUAGAUGGAAUAUGCUGGCAGAUACGCCAACUCUUUGGAAUCACAGGGGUUCCUGGCCGCUUCUUGCUCCAAGCUCCACAGGCCCGGGGCCCAGUGUAUGUGGUUGUUGCUGAGACUGACUACCAGAGCUUUGCUAUCUUGUAUCUGGAGCAGGCGAGGAAGCUGUCUGUGAAAUUGUACGCCCGCUCACUGCCUGUGAGUGAUUCUGUCCUGAAUGUGUUUGAGCAGCGAGUCAGGGGAGCCAACCUGACAGAAGAUCAGAUAUAUUUCUUUCCUAAGUAUGGUUUCUGCGAGACUGCAGACCAAUUCCACAUCCUGAACGAGAUGCCAAGAUGAGGCCAUCUAGUGGAGAAGCCGCAGACAGUGGACUACCUUCAGAGAGUUCUGAGCAUCCUGAAUGCACUUGGAGUCACUCCUGUCUGUCCCCAGAAGCAACCCUUCAUACAGCUCUGUAGUUCUGGGGCUUUUCAGUAAACCUCAGACUUGGUUCUGGGUCUUUUCUGUCAA